UACAAGGCAGUGCUAACUUAGCUAAGGAAUGUUCGAAUUGUUGUUCACAUAGUGACAUUAUAGGUUCAUUUAAUGAGCUGUGCGUUAACAUUUGUUAAGUAAAGCCACGCUGUAUGUCUGCUGUUUGUGCCGAAGAAUAACCGGUGAACUACCGAUUAACUCACGUAAGAUCCCUGCUGAUAACUACUUAGCUUUAGCAAAGCUGACUGGCUAAUGUCCAGAGGGCCAGGUGAAGUGAAUGAUUGUUUCUGUAUGCAGCCUCACUAAACGGUCUGGAUUCAAAGGGCGAUGUUGGCAGUGGUUUUCAGGUCAGCUGUCACCAAAUAUAAGGGGUUGCAGUUGCCUAUUCAAACUGUGGCCAGAGCCAUGUCAUCUUCAGGUGGUGCCACCCCUCCGUACACGACCCUGGCCAUCAGUCGCCCUACAGAGUCCAUCACGCAUGUUGAACUUCACCGGCCUGAGAAACGCAAUGCCAUGAACAGUGCUUUCUGGAGUGAGAUGGUGACCUGCUUUAAUGAGCUCUCUGAGGACCCCCAGUGCAGAGUGGUGGUAGUUUCUGGAGCAGGGAAGCUCUUCACAGCUGGUAUCGAUCUCAUGGACAUGAUGAACAAUGUACUUCAACCAGAAGGAGACGACACAGCCAGAAUCUCCUGGGGGAUCAAAAAAAAGAUUAAGAAAUUGCAAGAGACCUUCUCCGUCAUCGAGAAGUGUCCGAAGCCUGUUGUGGUGGCCAUCCAUGGAGCCUGUGUAGGAGCAGGUGUUGACAUGAUUACAGCCUGCGACAUUCGCCUGUGCACCCAGGACGCCUGGUUCCAAGUGAAGGAGGUUGACAUUGGACUUGCAGCAGAUGUUGGAACACUCCAGAGACUCCCGAAGGUCAUCGGCAGCCAAAGUCUUGUUAAUGAACUGGCUCUGACAGCGAGAAAGAUGUAUGCUGAUGAAGCUAAGAGCAGCGGACUGGUCAGCCGAGUGUUUGCAGAUAAGGAGGCGAUGAUGGCUGGAGCUCUGGAGAUUGCUGGAGAGAUUGCUGGUCGCAGCCCAGUUGCUGUGCAGGGCACCAAAAUAAACCUCAUCUAUGCCAGAAACCACAGCGUAGCAGAUGGAUUGGAUUACAUUGCCACAUGGAACAUGAGCAUGCUUCAGACUGAAGAUUUGAUGAAAUCAGCUCAGGGAGCCCUCGAGAAGAAGAGUCCCAAAACUGUGACAUACUCCAAACUCUGAACACCAGUGAAGCAAAGCUCAGAUACAGAAAGUGCCUCUUUCCUCCUCUACUAUGGCCUUUCUUACACCAGUUUUAUAAAUCAAAACUAAAUUUACUAGCUGGAGAUCUGUAUCCACACUAGACAGUAUUUUAAUGUCAUUAUGUGUUUAAUAAUUCAUUCAGGUUCAUAUUUCUCCUGCUCUAAUAUCAGAUAUGGAUAAUAUUUAACUAAGACAAAUCUUAACUGACUGAGCUGAGAAACAUUUUGUACAUCUGUAAAUGACCUUCUGAAUGUUUCCUCAUUAAAGACACUCGUGUGAAAGUGA